CCUCCGCCCCGCCACCCCCGGCCGCAGGCUCCGUCGGGACCGGACUGGCGGAGCGGCCCCGAAGUUUGUGCAGCGGCCGGCGCCGGGGCCAUGUGGGUGCUGUGGCUGCUGCUGGGCUCGGCGGAGAGCCAACUGUUGCCUGGGAAUAAUUUCACAAAUGAAUGCAACAUUCCUGGAAACUUCAUGUGCAGUAAUGGGCGCUGUAUCCCAGGGGCCUGGCAGUGUGAUGGGCUGCCGGACUGCUUUGAUGACAGUGAUGAGAAGGAAUGCCCUAAAGCCAAAUCCAAAUGUGGUGCCACGUUCUUCCCCUGCGCUAGUGGGAUCCACUGCAUCAUCGGCCGCUUCCGGUGCAACGGCUUUGAGGACUGUCCCGACGGCAGCGAUGAGGAAAACUGCACAGCAAAUCCCUUGCUUUGCUCUACUGCCCGAUUCCACUGUAAAAAUGGUCUUUGCAUUGAUAAAAGCUUUGUAUGCGACAGUCAGAAUAACUGUCAAGACAACAGUGACGAAGAAAGCUGCGAAAGCCCUCAAGAGGCAGGCAGCGGCCAAGAUUAUGUGACCUCAGAAAAUCAGCUACUUUACUACCCUAGUAUUACCUAUGCUAUCAUUGGUAGCUCUGUCAUUUUUGUGCUUGUGGUGGCCUUUCUUGCCUUAGUCCUGCAUCACCAACGGAAACGCAACAAUCUCAUGACUCUGCCAGUUCAUCGACUGCAGCACCCUGUCUUGCUGUCCCGGCUGGUGGUCCUUGAUCACCCGCACCACUGCAGCGUCACCUACAAUGUCAACAAUGGGAUCCAGUACAUGUCUAACCAGGCAUACCACAGGCCAGUGGACAUGGACUCUCCACCAUCCUAUUCAGAGGCUGUGCUCGACCAAAGCAGACCACCUUGGUUUGACCUUCCUCCACCACCUUAUUGUUCUGAAUCGGAAUCCCCUAAUCAGCCAGACCUUCCUCCUUACCGAUCUCGGACAGGAAGCUUGGUGAGCACAGACACCCCCAUGGCAGGAAGCCCUCUGGGCACGCCCAGCAGUUGGACAAGAGACAUCCGUGACAGCAUGGAUGGCCACAGAACUCUUCUUGAGAGGACAGCAGAUCAAAGCGAUUCUCUGGUCAACCACACUGCUGAAAGAGAAGUGUAACUGCUCCAGUAUUUGGGAUGGGCAGGAAGGCGUUUACUUUUUCAAGUCUGUAUGGGUUAAUCUGCUGUGGCUAAUAGGUUUCAGGGGGACAUGUGCCUGAAUGAUAACUUGAUUUGAAUACACACUAAGUUAAUAUUUGGGCUUAUCAAAGACAGAGCUGAGAGAGCUAAACCUAGAGUUGCAUCAGCUCCCCACAAUAUAUCUGCAAGCAAGUUCCGGUUCAGACUAGUAAGAGAAACAUCAGUGCUGUGUCAAAGAACUGAUGUGAUGUAUUUCUUGGACUAUUUACUGUAUAUUAAUGUGUAUAUAUAUUAAUGUAUAUAUUUACAGAUGUUGCACACAAACCGUGCCAGACGGACUCUUGUUUUCAAAGUGCCUCCUGUCCUGUCGACAUGUGAGCUGUUUCUUCUUACUGCCUGGUGCCAGCUGGUGGUCACUGAAGCACAUGAGAGGCACUUUCUCUGCUUAGAGGUCCGGUGCCCAAGGCUAGCCCACUGGCAGAGCUCAAAUUGCAGAAAAUGUCCUACUUGACCCUUUUCUUCAUGGCCUGGAACAUUCUCACUGUGAAUGUAAUUUUCAAAGUCUAAGAUUGUGAGGAUGCAACAACUUUCUAACUGAGCAAACAAGGUUUUUUUCCCCAGAUGCUAAUAUCUAGGCCAAAUUUGCAUGGGUUUUCUCAGGAACACCACAAAGGCUGGCUUAUCUGUCAAACUUCAAGGCUAAGCACAGAGGCACUGAAGCUUCUCAGCAAACCAGUGCAAGACUUCUUUUCAAACGUGACAAAGCAACAUUACUCCAUGCAUUCUUUCUUGGGGAAAAAAACCAACCAACCAAACAAACAAAAAAAACCCAAAACACAACAAAACAACAAAAAAACCCCAAACUGUUUCAGCUAAACCUUGAACAUCAAAACCAGCCUGAGGCAAACACCCAGCAUGGAAAGCUUUAGUGUGAAUAACUAGUUUGUUAUAUUUGUAAAAUAACUGAAAGCAGGUCAUGUAGUCAAAGGUGUUGGGCUUAUCGGCCCUCUCUACUGUGUGUAUAUGUACAUGCGUGGAUACACAUAGUAUUAAACGUGUAUCUCUGUUAGUAGUAUAUUGUAUAGGUUUAGUUCUACUGCACCAGUAGAACUCUAAAAUGUCAAAGUUUCACUUAUAAUAUUGUCAUUGGUUUUUUUUAUGGAGCUUGCCGUUAAUUGUGUUCAUUUGGUUGAAAUUCUAGCUUCUAAGAAAAACAGAAUUAUAUGUGUCUGUUUUGUCCUAACUCUUGGAAUGGUGUCCUGUGAAGAGUGCUCACUCUUUCAGUGCACAGUGUUGAAUCGCAUCUCAGAGGUAGAGGUAUUUAGAGUGGCUAAAGGGAAGGUAAUAUGUGAAUUUAAAUGACACUGCAGUGCUGCACUUGUGCUCAGUAUACAGAAAACAGUGCAGUGUCUUCCUCUUGUCCAGAGGGAAAUUCACCUUGAAAAAUUAUUUAUAUUUGUCUAUCAGGCACAUUUCCCAUUCCUUCUGUGUAAUGAACAGUGACAUUGCACAGUCUUUGCUGUUUAAUGGAAAUAAAGCAAGCUGACUGCCCACACCUUCUGCUUUCUUCCUCCCCAUCUUUCUAAGGUAACUUCUCUUGCCCAAAGGUUAUAUGCUCAGAACCCAAGAAUUUUUGAGUUUGUGUAGGUAGGGGAACGAGUCAGGUUCAGUCUCAGUUCCCACACAUCCACCUGAAUUCUUUUUUGCGUUUGGUUGGUUGGUUUUUGUUUGUUUGUUUGGGUGGUGGUGGGUUUUUGUUUGUUUGUUUUUGUUUUUUCAUUUCCAGCUCUGGAGACUACUGCCAUAGUAUGUAAGAGGCAGGGCCCUGAUGGAUUUACAAGCACAGGUCAUUCCAGGACUGAGAUGACACAGUGGGGAGCACUGGAGAAUUCUAAUGCUGAUGGGCUUGGCUGACUUCGCAAGCAGAUUAAUGGCCACCUUUCAUUACAGGCUUAGGCAGCUUGUCUUAAGCGUGUUGGUAAAGAUGCUCCUAGGUCCUUGUAAAGCAAUGUACAAGAUUGGGUCAGAUUUCAUCCUUGCUUGGAGCUCAAGCAAUGUAAUUACGCUGUCCUUCACAAAGCAGGACUUGGCUGAUUAAUGUUUCCAUCCAACUUGAUAGGCAGAAUGUUGUCAUUGUCAUAUAGCAGACAGUUAUUCUUUAUUUUACAGGUAGGUUAAACUCAGGUACAUAGCUGAGUUAACAGUAAAGGAGGGUGCAGGGAUGUCUCCUGUGAGCACUGGGUCCUGCUGUCCCUCUUGCCUUUCGUUAGGUUCUGCUCAGCCUCUGUAAGAGAGCUACAUAAUGCUGUUUCAGAAUUAGCCUUGACAUUUUUCUGUUGCAGUUUUUAAAACAUUAUGUUGGACUUUAAAACAUACUGUUGAAGAGUUUGCAGUAUUUUCAUUAGAAUUAAACAUCAUCUUAAUUUAGAAGUUGCCUAACUCAUUGUGUCCAGUGUAAUUUCCAUGGCACGUAUCCCUCAUUCAAGCCUUCCAUGGGCGACUGCAUUUCACCAUGUAUAUUCUAAGACACCAGCGUGUGUGCAAACCAAAUAUUGUUUGCCUAUGGCAUCUGGAAAAUCAUUGCCUUGCGUUGUUAAGAAGUAGGAAAAGAGUGGACAUAGCCUGCUGCUUCUGCCUUCUGUGUUAGUCACUGUCAUAUGUGUGUGUGUAUAUAUAUAUAUUAAAAAAAUACUCUUUCAGGUUGUAUAUAUUCAUGUAACUUUUGCAUUAAUAUAAUCCAUUUGGACUUGACAAAAAGAAGAAAGAACAAACAUUCUAAAUGGUGUGGCAUUUUCCCUUCCAGCUAAGGGUGAAUUUAUCUUUGUAUAGGAAUCUUUUAGUUUUUGAGAACACAAGUUACAAAAGGAGAUAGAUUGUGCCUUUCUGAUUGAUUGUUGAUAUGGGAGGCUGUUAACUACAUUUCUGGGUGUUGUUACAUAUCAUUGUCUAGAGAUCCAAAAAGAGAAACAAGUCUUGUCUUCCUCUUGUUGUUACUUACGGGGACUACUGAACUUUGAGGAGUACAGCAGUUCAGUAUCUUGUUCCGAAAAGGCAUGCUAAAACUUUAAGGAAGGGUUUCAUCUUACUCGAGCUUUUUGGUUUGUAGAACAGAUUUGCUAGCUGUUUUUUUUGGAAAUUGCUGUAGUAUCACACAAAAAUUGUUUCUAAUGUGUCACUUCUAGUAGUGUUAAUACAGCGGUACGCUGCAUUAUUCAGUGGAAUCUUUGGGAAAGCAUGGUAGCAACAACUGCGCUGAUGAAAUUAAAUAUUUCAUUGAAAAUCCUGCAGCUUGUGAGGCUGAAGUUAAGUGUUCAUGAAAUACUACGUGGUAGGAUUUCUUUUCAGUAGCCAGUAAAAUUGGUAUUCUAUUGUUUGUAAUUGCUCUUACCCUUUUAGAUUGAAGUUAGUCCUCCAGGAGCUUUCCUUUAUACUUAAUAUUUAAACAAAUGGAUGUUAUUUGAAAGACCAAUGCUUACAAAAGUAAAACCGAUAAAAGUUUUCUUCCAGAGCCAAAUUCUGAGUCUACAUCUGAAUUGAGUGGUGACCACUGUAAUGAGUAGUUCUCCUCGGUGUAUUAAUAUAUUUGAUUCCAACAAAACAAUUUGAAGAAGUGACUACUUGAAGUAAAUGAAGGAAUGUGGAUUAGCCUGUUGGAAAUGAGUUUUGGGUUAUUUUAAAAUAAACAAAUAAAUACAUUUCAGGAGUUCUGAGUGUCUGUAACCUCUGCUGAAGUCAUAGUGCAGUGUAUUUAAAAUUAGGCCAUUAGUGAAUCCUUUUGAUACAAUAGUCUAAAGUUCCUUGUAAGGCAAAUUACAAUUCACCUCUCUGGUAUUGUGCUAAUGGAAAACUGGCAGAAAUGUGUUUAAAAGAAAGCCUGUGAAUAAUUUUCUUGUCUCUUGUCUACAGUGACAUACAUGACAACACUGACUGCAUUGCGAUUUUUAAAUAACUGCAUUCAUUCUUCCUCUCCUUUUAAGUCAAAUCAGUUUUAUUUACACCACUUCACUUUGACGCAGCUAAUAGGGCCCCUGUGAUAGAUUUAGAAGCUGGGUGGAGGAAAGAGAUGAUGACUCUCAUUUUAAUUAAUGAUGCAGCUUGUUAAUCUUAUGAGCUUUACUUUUAGACAUCUUAGGAAAGACAAAUGGUUUUAGUAGAUAAGAAAAACUAUUAACGAUGAAAAGGAUAGAGGGGUUCUGAAUUUAAUUUUUAAUGAAUAUUUAAAAUUGUAUAAACAAAGGAAGAAUUUAAUGCUGUAUUUUUAACGUGGUGGUCAGAUGGCAAGUACUGUUUUUAACUGUUUCUCAUCAGAAGCUACUUUGCAUAUAGUGCCUGGAACUAAAAUGGUAAGACAAGUGCUCUUCUUGCAGCUCGUACGAGUUCUGAAAUUUUUUUUUUUAUUAAUGCAAGUCUGUAUUGCACCUGUGGCCUAAAAUAUGUGACUGCAGAAAGAAUUUCAAUUCUGUGCUGGGUUCUGCCUGAAUGUAUCCCAGUACAGGACUGUGGCCUUCAUGUGUCUUUUUUUCUUCUUUUUUCUGAUUUGAAGGGUUUUGUCAACUUGAAAUGGAAAUGUUACAUAAGAGCUUUAAGGGAGAUUGUAUGUUGAAACACAAUCCUGUCUUAAACUUUUGUAAACUGGAAAUCUUCAAAAAUGUAUUCUGUAUUCCUGAAUAAAGUUGGUGUUUUAAUAAUGUUCACAA